UUCGAGUCCGGCCGGCACCGGGCACCGGGCACCGGACGCCACCGGCCCAAAUCGCACCCGGCUCCCCUCUUUGGCCCCGUGGGACAGUCCACCCAGCGCACGCCCCAUGCCUAUCCGACUGCCUGCUCUGGACACCACCGACCGGAAGGCGCCCCGGGCCCCGCCGCGAGGGUUAUGCUCCGGGGCUCCGCCGAGAGCCAGCCGUCUCCCCGUCUGAGGAGGCGCGGGGCGCCCGGCCCCGCCGCCAUGUACACCUUCCUGCCGGAGAGCUUCUCGCCGGCCAAGGCCAAGACCCCUAAAGAGCUGAAGCCCCUGGUGGCGUCGGCACUGCUGGGCCUGCUCCUGCUGCUGGCUGCCGCGGUGGCCUGGGGCUACUACACGGCCUCGCUGCGCAAGGCCGAGCGGCUCAAGGCGGAGCUGCUGGACCUGCGGCCCAACGGCUUCUCCAUCCGCAACCAGCGGGGCGAGGCGGUGUUCCGGCUGGCCUUCGGGUCCGGCAGCCUGGACCUGGAGUCCUGCGCCCGGGAGGGUGACGUGCUGAGCUGCGGCCGCUCGAGCCAGGGCCGGCUCAACUUCUUCAUCCAGACGGUGCGGCCCAAGGACACGGUCAUGUGCUACCGGGUGCGCUGGGAGGAGUUCUCGGAGGCGGCUGCCGUGGUGCACAUCAUGUACCAAGGGGACGCGCGCUGGUACGGCGGGGCGGAGAUGAGCACCCAGCACUGGCCCAUCCGGCUGUCGGGCCAGCAGGACCCGCGGCCCUUUCUGACCAGCGACGUCUACUCCUCCCGGGGCAGCUUCGGGGGCAUCCUGGAGCGCUACUGGCUGUCGUCCAAGGCGGCCGCCAUCAAGAUCAACGACUCGGUGCCCUUCCACCUGGGCUGGAACGCCUCAGACGGCUCCCUGGUCUUCCAGGCCCGCUACGGGGACUCCCCGUACGGGCCGCCGCCGGGCCGGGCCCCCUUCCCCGAGCUGAGCUACCGGGUGUGCGUGGGCUCGGACGUCACCUCCAUCCACAAGUACAUGGUGCGGCGCUACUUCGACAAGCCGUCCAAGGUCCCCGCCGAGGCGGCCUUCCGCUACCCGAUCUGGUCCACCUGGGCCCUGUUCAGGAGCGACAUCGACCAGGACAAGAUCCUGCGCUUCGCCGAGAAGAUCCACCAGCACGGCUUCAACUGCAGCCACAUCGAGAUCGAUGACAUGUACACCCCCCGCUACGGCGACUUCUCCUUCGACCCUGCCAAGUUCCCCAACGCCAGCGAGAUGUUCCGCCAGCUGGGCCGGGGCGGCUUCCGGGUCACCCUGUGGGUCCACCCCUUCGUCAACUACGACUCCCCCAACUUCGGUGAGGGCAUCGAGCGCCGGCUGUUUGUCCGGGAGCCCACCGGCCGCCUGCCGGCCAUGGUGCGGUGGUGGAACGGCAUCGGCGCCAUCUUGGACUUCACCAACCCGGCCGCCCGGGACUGGUUCCAGGGCCACCUGCGCCGGCUGCGGGACCAGUACGGCGUGGCGUCCUUCAAGUUCGACGGGGGGGAGGUCAGCUACCUGCCGCAGGCCUUCAGCACCUUCCGCCCGCUGGCGGACCCCAACCUCUGGAGCCGGCGCUACACGGAGAUGGCCGUCCCCUUCUACGAGCUGGCGGAGGUGCGGGUGGGCUACCACUCGCAGAACAUCUCCUGCUUCUUCCGCCUCAUCGACCGUGACUCGGUCUGGGGCCACGAGCUCGGCCUCAAGUCCCUGAUCCCGGCCGUGCUGACGGUCAGCAUGCUGGGCUACCCCUUCAUCCUGCCCGACAUGAUCGGCGGCAACUCCGUGCCCGGCUCGGCGGACGGCCCCACCCCCGCCGGGCCCGCCUCCGCCUCCGGCCUCCCCGACCGGGAGCUGUACGUCCGCUGGCUGGAGGUGGCCGCCUUCAUGCCGGCCAUGCAGUUCUCCAUCCCGCCCUGGCUGUACGACCGCGAGGUGGUGGAGAUCGCCCGCAAGUUCACCGCCCUGCGGGCCUCGCUGGUGGCCCCGCUGCUGCUGGAGCUGGCCGGGGAGGUGACGGACACCGGGGAUCCCAUCGUCCGGCCCAUCUGGUGGAUCUCGCCCAGCGACGAGACGGCCCACAGGGUCGACUCGCAGUUCCUCAUCGGCGACACGCUCAUGGUGGCCCCCGUGCUGGAGCCCGGUAAGCAGGAGCGGGACGUCUACCUGCCCGCCGGAAAGUGGCGCAGCUACAAGGGGGAGCUGAUCGACAAGGCGCCCAUCCUGCUGACCGACUACCCCGUGGACCUGGACGAGGUGGCCUACUUCACCUGGGUGUCCUAGUCCGCCUCGCUCCGCCGGCUGAGGGGGCCCGGAACGGGCCCGACCCUCUGGGGCCGG